AUGUCUCAGUUCCCCAGUCCCGUUGCACCUCCUCCACUAAAUAUUCCUGCAUCCGACCAUGUUGUCAAGCUGAGUGUCAUCGAUACGACCACCCGGAUGGGAAAAAUUCCUACCACCAUGUUCUUCGAGUCAGUUAUCAAAGGGCACGAGUUCUUCUCUGGGCCUGCAUAUAGUUUUUUGAUCGAACAUGAAUCUGGAGCCAAGGUUUUAUUUGACAUGGGCGUUCCACAAAAGUGGGAAGACACGGCGCCUAGCAUGGUAAACCUCGUUCGUACAUCAGGCGUUGAAGUCUCGGUUACCAAGAACGUCUCUGAUAUCCUGAUAGAGCACGGGAUCCCUCUAGACUCCAUUAAUUCUAUUAUUUGGUCUCAUCAUCAUUGGGACCAUACUGGCGACCCAUCCCUUUUUCCAUCGACUACAACUUUGACUGUCGGACCCGGAUUCAAGGCCACUAUGCUUCCUGGCUAUCCGACCGAUCCCAAUUCAUCGAUUCUCGAAAGCGCAUACAAAGAUCGAGAACUUGUCGAAAUCUCGUUCGAAAAAUCUCCCGAGUUUCGUAUUGGCCAAUUCCGCGCUUUUGAUUACUUUGGAGACGGAAGUUUCUAUUUGCUCGAUUCGCCUGGACAUGCAGUCGGACAUAUUUGCGGGCUAGCGCGGACUACUACCGAUACAUUUGUCCUGUUGGGAGGAGAUGUAUGCCAUCACGCUGGAGAAUUACGGCCAACCAAGUACCUGCCCCUCCCAGACUCAAUUGAUCCGAACCCGCUUCCAGGAAAGCUCGCGGGGGGACCAGGAGUGUGCCUUGGGUCGGUUCUGCUGAAUCUUCAUCCUAAACACGUCGCGACCGAGCCGUUCUAUCGUACUGGCGCUGGAGCUAUGGGUGACCCUGUGGAGACCCAGAAGAGCGUUGAUAAAACAACAGAUUUUGAUUGUCACGAAAAUAUUUUCACGGUGAUCGCACAUGACUCGUCACUAUUAGACGUUAUCGACUUUUUUCCAAAGCCACUCAAUGACUGGAAGCUUAGGGGGUACAAGGAAAAAAGUCUUUGGAUGUUUGUGAAAGACUUUAACGAUGGAGUACAAGACUAA